AUGUUAGCAGUGGGCCGUGCACAGUUUUUAACACCAGAAAAACCCCGAGUUUUGAAUUCUCUUCGGUUAGCCUUCUACCCAAAUAAACCAAUUUCACUAAACAAUUCUCACAUUACUGGUUUGUACAAUGAUGCUUUAGAAGACCAAGAAACGUUUGAUGCAGAAGCAAUUGAGCUAAUCAACAAAUUUCUUUCUCGACUGAAAAAACCAGACCUGAAAUCUACAUGUAGUCAAAAUUCAUCAGUCAGUCCUCCCCAAACCAUUCCUCCAUUUCUUUCUCUUCUGCUAUUUUUUUUUUUUCUCUCUCUCUCUCUCUCUCUCUCUCUCUCUAAGCAUUUCUCUCUUUCUUCUGUCUACGUUUUUGCAUAUCUAUCUGAACACCAGUCAAAAGUCCAGCUAUUGAUAGUUAUAUCAACCAUACCAUGUGCCCUGUCUACAAAGCAAAUGGCCGACAAAGAUGUGGUCUUUUUGAUCCUGAUUCUCUCAGUCAGCUCCUAUAUAAGCCUUCUCCUGUUAAUCCCGUUAGGCUAUCUAUCUAUGAUUGGAUUUCUUUAUGUUGGCAUACGCGGAAACUUCCUCGAACUGCGUGUGUGUGUUGUCGCCGGGCACACCUUGGAGUACCAUAAUGAAUUCGACCGAGGACUACAAGAUGAAGACGCGCGAGUCGUUUGGCGUCUUUUCUUGGGCGACAAAAGCCGUUGCGGUCGGUCGUCCGUCUGCAGCAGUUGGGUGCCGUUUUGCUCGUUUUCUGUCGUAAAGUGUUCGUUCGCAAGAAUGCGUUCGUUUUUGUGUCGCAUUCGUUUCAGGUGUACGACACAGUUCAACAAGGGUACGGUGACACAAAUUAAUAGCCCACACUCCGUCUCUAUCGAUGGAAUACCGCGCCACAUAAAAUAUGUGCGACCAGCGUGCGGGAAGGAUUAUUCCGUCAGCAACCACGUUAGUUCUUCUUCUUAUGAUGAUGACGAAGCCCCGAUGGCGACAAAAGCCGUUGGGGUUGGUCGUCCGUCGGCAGCAGUCUUGGGUGCCGUUUUGCUCGUUUGCUGUCGUAAAGUGUUCGUUCGGAAGAAGGCGUUCGUUUUUGUGUCGCAAGAAGGCGUUCGUUUUUGUGUCGCAUUCGUUUCAGGUUCGCAAGAAGGCGUUCGUUUUUGUGUCGCAAGUAGACGUUCGUUUUUGUGUCGCAAGAAGUUGUUUUUUCCCCCGUUUUCUCGCACAUUAUUAUAA